CCAGCUGUAGUCCACCAUCGAACUUCCGCGUCCAUCUCCAACGGCACCACGAGCGCAUCCUGUCGGAAACAAACAGAGAACUAGUGAAUCACAGAAACGUCCGACCAGACAAACCACCGCCACGAUGAAGUUCUCGACUGCCUUCAUCGCCCUCCUAUCGGUCGGCCUCUCGUCGGCCUCCAGCCUCCGCCUGGUCAGACGUGACGACCAUGACAUCCCCGGCGAGUCGCCGCUGAGGUUGUGCGAUGGCGACCACGGUGACGACCUUCUCCAGAUAACCAAGGUCGACUUGAACCCGAACCCACCCAAAGCCGGACAGACUCUGGUCAUCGAGGCGAACGGCGCCCUGUCCACCACGAUUGAGGAGGGCGCCUACGUCAACCUCUCCGUCAAGUACGGCCUGAUCCGUUUGAUCAACACCAAGGCCGACCUCUGCGAGCAAAUCAAGAACGUUAAUCUCGAGUGCCCCAUCGAGAAGGGAAUACUUUCCAUCGCCAAGUCUGUCGACCUGCCGAACGAGAUCCCGCCGGGAACCUACACUGUUUUCGCAGACGUUUACACCAAAGACGACAAGAAGAUCACCUGCCUGACAGCCACGGUCAAAUUCUCAAGGGAGAGCAUCGCUACUCCUUGGGGCGAUUUGUAAAGGCAGUUCUGUAUCGAUAGCGCUUGGCGCGAAGCAUUCACUAGUCUUGGGGCGGUUGCGGAGGGCUCUCGCACCGGCUCCGCAUAGCUUGUCGCAUCUAUGUCAUGGAAACUUGAGGAUACUGUUGUUUUGAUUGUUUUCUUCUCUUUCUUCGUUGUUCCUGACAACGUCAUUCUUUGCCCCGGUAGACCCAUGCGACUUGCGCCCAGCCGCAUACAGGCGUAUGGUCAUGUAUAUGGUUAUGUUUAGCAUACAGCAUUUUCCAAUUCGAUCAAUAUACCCUUUGCGGAGAUGUGCUAGGUUGCAAUGUAAUCACACGUCAGAUUCGAGCCAAGUACUCCAGAUGC